AUGAACACUCAAGGAUCUGCCGCCGGCUCCAACCAGCAAGAGGAUUACCUCGACAAAGGUCUCGAUGCUGCCGAGAAGAAAUUCGGUCAGGGCAAAGUCGACCCGACCAAGCAGCGCAGCACGAACGAGAAAAUCACCGACAAGGCCCGCGACCUGUUUGAGAAGACGACCGGCAAGAACAUUCCUGACAAGUUCAGCAACUGA